GGUGAUGAGGGGGGCAUGUGGAGCCAACUGUUGGGACAGAAAAGCUGCUCGUUGAGUCCGAAGUUGGGCAGUGUCUCUGCAAACAUGAUCUCCGUGUCUUGCAUUUUGGCGCUCGGGUUGUGUUGGUGUGCGCUGGGCACAGACCUCCGGGAGGGAGAAACGGUGUCCGGUUUGAGGAGGCUGCAGAGGGAGUUUGGCAGGGAUGAGGAGCGACAUAGUUUGGAGAAGUCGGAGGUGUUGAAACGCAGCGCAGGACUGAAUGAACAGACAUGUACAGCUCUGCCCGCAGUGGAGUCAGCCCUGCAGAACAGCACCCACUCUUUCACCUUCAAAGUGAGGACCAUGGGUUCACUGUCACUGGCCUGGGUGGGAGAUGGAUCGGGGGUGCUUCUGGUGUUGACGACAUUUCAGGUGCCGUUGUUCAUGAUGCGUUUUGGCCAGUCGAACCUCUACAGGAGUGAAGACUAUGGGAAGACGUUUAAAGAUGUGACUCACCUGAUCAACCACACCUUCAUCCAGAGCGAAUUUGGCAUCGCCAUCAGUCCUGACCACUCAGGCAAGGUGAUGCUCACUGGUGACGUGUCAGAAAUCGGAGGGUUCAAGCUGUUUCGCUCACAGGACUUUGGACUGACGUUUGUCCCAUCUGACCUGCCGUUUGAGCCCCUCAUUCAGAUGCUGUACAACCCUGGAGACUGCAACGCACUGCUGACGCUCAGUAUCAUGUUGGACCUGUGGCUGUCUGAGGACUUUGGUGCCACCUGGAGGAAGAUCCACGACCGUGUUUGUUUGGUCAGAUGGGGUCCACAAAACAGCAUCUACUUUACAACACACCACAAUGGAUCCUGCAAUGAUAAAGGAAUGUUGGAGCUAAGAAAGUCUACAGACUAUGGUCGAAGUUUCCAGACCAUCGCAACAAGAGUUUACUCUUUUGUACUGGGAGGGCGCUUUGUUUUUGCCUCCAUCAUGACUGGCACGGGUACAGAGCGCAUGAUCCACGUGUCAGUGGACGGCGGCGUGGUGUGGAAUAUGGCUCAGCUUCCUACAGUCAACCAUGAGCAGUUCUACUCCAUCCUGGCCGCCAAUCAGGACAUGAUAUUCAUGCACGUGGACGACCCUGGAGACUCCGGUGUUGGAACCAUCUACGUGUCAGAUGACAGAGGAGCCGUGUUCUCCAAGUCUCUGGAGCGCCAUCUUUACACGACCACAGGAAGCGACACUGACUUCACUGCCAUUACUUCACUCAGGGGCGUCUACAUGACCAGCGUACUCACUGAGGAUAAUGUAGUGGAGACAGUCAUCACCUUUGACCAAGGAGCUAAAUGGCAGACGCUGAGGAGACCACAGAACAGCCACUGUGACACUGAAACCUCCACCAACAGGCCUAACAGAUGCAGACUUCACAUCCAUGCCUCCUACAGCACCACCAUGAAGAUGAAUGUCCCCAUGCUGCCUCUCUCACAGCCCAGUGCUGUUGGCCUUAUUCUGGCCCAUGGCAGCGUUGGAGACGCAGAGUCAGCUCUCGCUCCUGAUGUGUAUGUGUCUGACGACGGGGGGUACUCGUGGCUGUUGGCUCUCAGGGGACCCCACCAUUAUGCUAUACUGGACUCUGGAGGGCUGCUGGUGGCUGUGGAGCACACUAACUCACCUGUCAACCAGAUCAAGUUUUCCACAGAUGAGGGGCAGUGCUGGCAUACGUAUAACUUCACCAAUGACCCGCUUCACUUCAGCGGUAUGGACAGCGAGCCUGGCUCUCGCUCCAUGAACGUCAGCCUGUGGGGCUACAGGAAUGACUUCAGUAAAUGGGUGGUGAUCACCAUAGACUUCAGGAAGUUCCUCACCAGAGACUGUACUGAAGGGGACUAUGUGCAGUGGCUGGCCCACUCUGCAGACCCCAGUGGAGCCAGUGAUGGCUGUGUGCUGGGCUAUAAAGAGACCUUCUUACGCCUGAGGAAAGACUCUGUCUGCUGGAACGGGAGGGACUACGCCAUUAUUAAGAAGGUGUCCCCCUGUCCGUGUACAGAGGACGAUUAUCACUGUGACUUUGGAUAUUACCGUCCAGUGAACAGCUCAGAGUGUGUGGAGCAGGAGGAAAUGAAGGGUCAUCCUCUGGUCUUCUGUUUAAAUGGGACCUCGGAACAGCUACAGACCAGUGGUUACCGGAAGAUUCCAGGAGACCUGUGUGAGGGAGGUUUCCAGCCAGACAGGAAGGAGACAGACCUGAGGAGGAUGUGCACCAGCAACGCCCUUUAUCCAAAUUCUUUGACUGAAAACAGUUCACCAAACACUGCUGUCAUAGUGAUGGUUGUCAUAGCGAUGCUUCUGACGAGUGCUGUUGCAGGCAUUUGGCUGGUUAAGAAAUAUGUCUGCGGAGGACGGUUCCUCGUGCACCGAUACUCUGUCAUGAGGGAGCACGUUGAGGCCGAUAAGAUAGAAGGAGUUGAUGAUGUUGACACUCACUACAUGGAGACAGGAAAAGCACAGUACAGCGAAGACCCGGUUCAGGCCCUGUUAGAAUAACGUGGACAUUUGUCCUCACUCAAAGUCUCUUCAAGACUUAAUUUAAUGCAGUCUUUCAUGAUGCCUGGGCACUCCUGUUGCUCCCACAUGCCGAUUAACAUCUGCUUCUCACUUCUUGCUAUCCCCUGGUGGAUGGAGGACUCGGCAAAAACUCAAAUUACUUCUUUCUACCAGUUGAGUCUCCUACAAAAAAAAGCGGACCAGUGGUUUGGGGAGGGGGACAAACCCAGCGCAGAACUGAGGAAAGCCUCUGGGGUCCCUGGAGAGCUUUUGUUGUUUCCGUCACAAAGAGUUCUGUAAAGAUCAUCGGGUCUGAAUAUGUGCUCUGUUUGUGCCCUGUAUGUUUCCUUUCAUGCUGACCUGAGAAAAGAUGGUCUUUCAUAUCGAGAUGCAGUGCAGAAGCACAAUACAGAGGCUAGAUGCAGAGGCUUACAGAUUUUUUUAGAAAGACUUAGGGAACGGCCAAGCAACAGAACACAAAUAAUAAUCAGUAUUUUAGCUCAGAGUCUGCUGUCAGCUUUGUAGUUUUUUGUAUGCAGCCAAUUUAAAACUUGCAAGAUACAGUCCUGUAGUGCAUGGCAGCAAUUUUAGCAUUCAUUUUGUCAGCUUCACCAGUCCCUGACGAGUGUUUUUUUUUUGUUGUUUUUUUCCUGUACACAGUAAAUGGUUUUUACAGAGACCUCAAGGUCCCAGAAAAGUGGAUUUGUGCACACAAGAUGAAAAAAGUAGCUCCCGCAAGAUAAAAAAAUGUCACCUUUUGGGACUUAAGGGUCUCUGUAGGUUUUUACUGGUAGAAAUAAACCAGAAUUUUAAUCAAGUGAUGCACUUUAGUUAGGGUCCUUUUAGUACACUAUAAUGGCUUUUUUUUUUAUAUCAGAGCAAUAACGUUUUUUAUGGAGACUGUUUUUUGUUGGGUUUUUUUAACGCCAGUUUCACUUUCUAAAAUAGGGGAUAUUUAAUAGUCUUAUAUUAUUCAGUCAUAGGCCAACAUUUUAGUUUUUGUAAUUUUACUUAUUGUUAAAUAGUAAAAAUUGAUAGAUGAUACAGAUUGUUAUAGAAAGCAAAACAUAGAAAUAAGUACAAAUAAUUAGUUAGUGAACGCUAAAUUAGUUGCUUCAUGAUAUACUAUGCAGGACUUUCCUGGAAAACAAUGUAUUGACUCAUUUUCUGUGUUUGGGACAUUAACAGGCGUGUACCCCCACAGUGCUCCGGUGAGGUCAGGGCUCUAUGAAAAGGUAGCGACCAGGUGCUAUAUAUAAUCAGCAGGCACCCAAGAGACAUAGUGCCGAAAAAGUGCAACUAUUGCGAAAUGCAAAAUGAGAAUGGAUCUGGGGUUGGCUCCAAAAAAAACAAGAUGGUGAUGGCCAAAAUGCCAAACUCGAGGCUUCAAAAUGGCAGUCCACAAACCAGUGGGUAAUGUCAUGGUGGCUACGUCGAUUAUUUACACGGCCUAUGUUUUACAAACAGUAACCAACACUUCUGCAUAGUAUACCUUUAAGAAGAACAAUGACACAAGCCAUUUAGAAAUAAAUGCUAGUAUUUGGUUUUAGUGCCUUGUGAUACAUUUGGAAUAAAUGUUAAAAGAGCCUGCCAUCAUCGUGAAGACAUAAAAUGCAAACUAGGUUUUCUUCUUUUUUUUUUAUACAGUGCAGCUUCACGCAAGCAAUAUCUUCUUCUCCCCUGUAUGUGUGGUGAAAAUGAAAGACUUGAAUUAUUGCCAAAGCACUUUUAUUGUUUAGUUUUCUAAUUGUAAAGGUGAGGUUGUCGAGGUGAAACCUAACCUUAGCCCAGCAUUAUAGAAGUGUGAAGGUAAUGCUAACCCAAACCCUUUACUUGAACUUUCAGUUUUCUUUUUUCUUUUUUUUUUUUGCUUAACAGGGUGCACCAAUAUGUUGCUGUUGUUGUGUUUUAAUAUUGUUUUUUAAUUUGGCUGAUAUUUUCCCUGUAUCAGCCAAUACCAAUAUGCAUUUGUCUAACUUAAUGCAGGUGCGGGCAUAAUUGUCAUGAUAAUCAAGUGUUUUUAGAGACAAUGCUGGCUUGUUUUUGGUACUAAUAUGACAGCAGAGAAAAAGUUACAACAUGCUGGGGUUGUUUUUACAUCUUACAAACAUUUCCAGAAUUAUAUUGGUUUUUUUAGCUAUUAUAAGCUAGUAUUUUGAUAAAUUGGUGCAUCCUAAUUCAGUAAUCUCACAGAUGUUGCAAAAUAUCCACAUUAACAGAACUAAUUUAUCGGAUUCAUGUGUCUGGUAGCCAUAACGAGUAUAAACUUUAUUCAGUUGAGUUACAUCUUUUUCCCAGUCAACUUUUCACGGUGUUAUAUGAUUGUUAAAAUGAGAUGUUGGCUGGCUACCAUUUAUAUUAUGUAACUUUUGAAACGUGCACGGUUUAUGGCCAAUGCUCGUGUUCUCCAGCAGAGUCAAUAAUAUCCCAGCGAAUAAGCUAUUUUAAUAAGCUGGCCUAAUACAGAGGCAUAUUCUCAAGGAUUGUUGGGUGGACUUUGUCAGACAUGAAAGCAAAUUCAUAUGCUUGAUGCUUCUUUAUUUACACAACUUUUUGUAAGGACAAACCCAGCUAUUUACUGGAUUCAAAGAUUUAUUUUUGCACUGUAUCUACACAUCUGUGAAAAAAAGUUGCAUUUGUGCCUCCUUGUACAUCUAAUUUUUGUAAAGUAUUCAGGCCAUGAGUUGUGAUCCUCAUUCCAUCUUGUUUUCUAGACUGUUUGCUAGAAAAUCAGAGAUGAGUGUCUCUGAAUUAAACUGUUCUGUAGCACAAAUGUUUUCUAACAAUGUUUGCAUUUAUUGAAUGAAAUAACACAAUCUCUCUCACA